AUGACGCAGGCACGCAGGAUUGUGGGAUCUCAGCGGCGGCGACUGGAGGUCACGUCAGAGAAACUCCAAAAUGUCGGUGGCUGGUCUGUCGUCCUUGAGUCGCUGUGGCGUCCUGGCUUUCCGCUCCCCCGCCGGGCUGGUGGCGGUUCGAUAUGCCCAAACAGCAGCAGCUCCGGCCGCGCAGCCCAGGAUAAAGAAGUUCCAGGUGUACCGAUGGGACCCAGACACUCCAGGGGACAAGCCCCGUAUGCAGACCUACGAGAUCGACCUCAACACUUGCGGCCCAAUGGUUCUUGAUGCCCUGAUCAAGAUCAAGAAUGAGAUGGACUCCACUCUGACCUUCCGCCGCUCCUGCAGAGAAGGUAUUUGUGGGUCCUGUGCAAUGAACAUCAAUGGGGGCAACACACUUGCCUGUCUUAACAAGAUUGACACCAACGUUAGCAAGCCCACGAAGAUCUACCCCCUACCACACAUGUAUGUGGUCAAGGACCUGGUGCCUGACAUGAGUAACUUCUACGCCCAGUACAAGUCCAUCGAGCCCUAUCUGAAGAAGAAGGAUGAGUCCAAUGAAGGAAAGGAGCAAUACCUGCAGACUGUGGAGGACAGACAGAAACUGGAUGGGCUGUAUGAAUGCAUCCUGUGCGCCUGCUGCAGUACAAGCUGCCCCAGCUACUGGUGGAAUGGAGACAAAUACCUCGGGCCAGCUGUCCUCAUGCAGGCCUACCGCUGGAUGAUCGACUCUCGAGACGAGUACACAGAGGAGCGUCUGGCCAAACUGCAGGAUCCUUUCUCCCUGUACCGCUGUCACACCAUCAUGAACUGCACCAAGACCUGUCCUAAGGGGCUGAACCCAGGAAAGGCCAUUGCUGAGAUUAAGAAGAUGAUGGCCACUUACAAGGAGAAGAAGUCAGCUGCUCUUUGAGUCCUCUGUCCUACUUCUUUACAACCUUUCCCUCCAUCAUUAAAUUAUAUAUGGAUUAAAGCUCUUAGUGAGGUCUGGGCCUGUACACUUGUCGGCUUCAGUAUCGCCACGCUCGGGCACGGGAAGCAGCUAACAACAACGGAAAUGGGGGCAUUUGUGUGGCUUGGGGAGACGGUAUUAAGUCAGCUCGCAAGCAUCAAGUUGUAUGUCUGCUGGAGAGAAAGUGUGUCAGCGUCGUAGAUAUGAAGCAUAGAUAUUUAUUGCUGAUUGAAGUGCGAGUAUGUUUGAGCGCUUGAGAGACAUGAAGCAGCAUACUGACAUAAAAUCAAAGUAUUUUCAGGUUAAUGCAUUUUUUAGCUCUGUAUUUCAUUUCAGUUUAUCAGUGAUUGGUCCACAGACAUAAUGUGUAUAUGAACCCUCAGAUCUUCCACUAUACCAACAACAGUCAUCGUUUUCAUGUAAAAUAAUAAAUAGUUGCAAUACC